CACGCAGUAGGCAAUACGACGCUGUAGUAGUACUGUACUAACUGGCAACUGCCCCACACAUACACAGUAACAGUAGUACAGUACACACUGCUGCACAGUACGGCAACUUGAGUUCACAGAUUAAAUAUAUAUAUAAUAAUAUUUCACAAAAUUCUCAAAAUGGCGACUGCCGAGCAAGUGCCGGUAUCAAGCAUCAACGACAUUCAGAACUUAAAAGCCGAUAAUUUGACACAAUCGAAAAUGGAAAGCAUGGACGUUGCUGAGUCAGUGAAUACCGAAGUUACUAAUAAAGAUGCCACUUCCUCAAAUGGCAAAGAAAAUAAUAUUGCUGUUGAAGAUAUGACUUCUAGAGACUAUUAUUUUGAUUCUUAUGCCCAUUAUGGCAUUCAUGAAGAAAUGUUGAAAGAUGAAGUUCGAACAGUAACUUAUCGCAACUCAAUGUAUCAUAACAAACAUUUAUUCAAAGGAAAAAUUGUUCUUGAUAUUGGCUGUGGAACAGGCAUUUUAUCAAUGUUUGCUGCCAAAGCUGGUGCAGCUCGUGUAAUUGGAAUUGAAUGCUCUAAUAUUGUAGAGUAUGCUAAAAAAAUUGUUGAAGCUAAUCAUUUAUCCGAUGUUGUUACCAUUCUUAAAGGAAAAGUAGAAGAAGUUGUUUUACCUGACGGCAUAGAAAAAGUUGACAUCAUUAUAUCUGAGUGGAUGGGCUAUUGCUUAUUUUAUGAAUCUAUGCUUGACACUGUGCUUUUUGCUCGAGAUAAGUGGCUACGAGAAGAUGGUAUGUUAUUCCCAGAUAAAGCUUGUUUAUAUAUUUGUGGAAUUGAAGAUCGACAAUACAAAGAUGAAAAAAUAAAUUGGUGGGAUGAUGUUUAUGGUUUUGAUAUGAGUAGCAUUCGACAAGUUGCCAUUAGUGAACCUCUAGUUGAUGUUGUUGAUCCAAAACAGGUUGUUACAAAUUCCUGUCUCAUAAAAGAAGUUGACUUGUACACAGUUACCAAAGCUGACCUAACUUUUUCAUCUCAGUUCAUGCUUCAAGUGCGUAGGAAUGACUAUGUUCAAGCUCUUGUCACAUUCUUCAACAUUGAAUUUACUAAGUGUCAUAAGAGGAUCGGUUUUAGCACAGCUCCAGAAGCUCAAUAUACGCAUUGGAAACAAACAGUAUUCUAUUUUGAUGAAUACAUGACUGUGAAAAAAGGAGAAGAAAUCUAUGGUACUUUCUCUAUGGAGCCCAAUGCACGGAAUUAUAGAGAUCUUGACUUUACAAUUGAAAUAGACUUUAAAGGUGAACUUGGUCAGGUACAUGAGUCAAAUCACUACCGUAUGCGCUGAUAUUUUAAAAAAUAAUGGUCAAGACCACAAUAAUUACAUAGUACAUUUUUAAAAUAUGAAAUACUACGUGACUGCAUAAAUCUUCAAUUUUACAAUUAUGAAUAAGUAAUUGUUUUGUAAUUAAAGUCACAAACGAUUAAUAAUUGACUAAAUUAAAUUAAAUUAUAUUACGUUAAAUAGCAAGUUUUGAGUUCACCCAUGUUUGUUAUCAUUUAGCACUUGUUGCUGGUCAUCAUUACUGCUGACUCAGAUGACAAAUAAUUUUUUUAUUCUUACAAAUUAUAAAUAAUUAAAUAGUACAUAAUAUUUUUUGCCAAUUUUGAAUACAUUUUGUAAAAAAAUUUUAUUAUGAUUUGUAUGUUCAGUUAUAACAUAAUGAUCCAAAUAUGUAAUUAAAUGAGUUUUUAUUAUUAAUAUGUAACAUAUAAUGUUUAAAAAAACAAUAAUGAUACAUCUAAAUUACUGUAAAAAUAUUUUCAAUGACCUCUGGUUUGAAUUUUUGUGCUGAUCAUGAUUUGAAUAAUAUGAUUUUUAAAUAACCAAA